AUGACGAGAAACUUCACCUCUGUGACUGAAUUCAUCCUCCUGGGUCUCACUAGCCAUGUGGAGCUUCAAAUUCUCUUUUUUGUGUUGUUUCUAGUGGUAUAUGUGGUCACAGUUGCAGGCAACCUGGGCAUGAUCCUGCUCAUCAAGGCCAAUGCCAGGCUCCACACACCCAUGUACUUUUUCUUGAGCCACUUAUCCUUUGUGGAUAUGUGCUUCUCUUCCAAUGUGACCCCAAAGAUGCUCCAGAUUUUCCUGUCAGAGAGGAAAACUAUUUCCUACUCUGCAUGCUUGGUCCAAUGUUACCUCUUCAUUGCAUUGGUCCAUGUUGAAUUCUACAUCCUGGCUCUGAUGGCCUUUGAUCGUUACAUGGCCAUCUGCAACCCUCUGCUUUAUGGUAGCAAGAUGUCCCAGAGUGUAUGCACAUCUCUAAUCACAGUGCCUUAUGUGUAUGGGGCACUUACUGGUCUGAUGGAGACCAUGUGGACUUACAACCUGGCUUUCUGUGGCCACAAUGAAAUCAAUCACUUCUAUUGUGCUGAUCCACCAUUGAUUAAGCUGGCUUGUUCUGACACUUAUCACAAAGAAACCUCCAUGCUUGUUGUAGCUGGAUUUAACCUCUCCUUCUCCCUGCUCAUUAUUCUCACUUCCUACCUGUAUAUCUUUCCUGCUAUUCUGAGGAUUAGCUCUACAGAAGGCAAGCGGAAAGCUUUCUCCACCUGUGGCUCCCAUCUGACAGCUGUCAUCAUAUUCUAUGCAACUCUUUUUUUCAUGUAUCUCAGACCAACAUCUAGAGAGUCUGUGGAACAAGGUAAAAUGGUUGCUGUGUUCUAUACCACUGUCAUUCCCAUGUUGAACCCCAUGAUUUACAGCCUGAGGAACAAAGAUGUGAAAGAAGCAAUAAGCAAGGAACUGUCACACAAAAAAAUGUAUUUUUCUGAAAAAAGGAAUUCAAUUUUCUUUUGCACUCGUGGAACUUUUUGUAGGAAUUAUCAUUGUUUUCUAAAGUUGUAG